ACCUUUACCAAAUCACACAAAUGUUGCAUUUUUUUGUUAUCCAUCAUUCUUCUCCUAAGCCAAUUCUAACUCUUCAUACUUUUUCAUUGGCAAAAAAAACCACAUUCUCAAUGAACAUUUAUUCACAUAUACCACUUUUUUCCCUCUAGAUUAAAUCUAUCUAGUCAUGAACAAAAUGUGGACCAUUUGAGUUUUUUUUUUUUUACCAUAAGCUUGAAAGCAUAUAUAGUUUCUUCUUUGUGUUAACAUUGAAAAAAGACAAAGAUGGGUUUGAAAAACCAUGCAAAAGACAUUCAACUUCAUUUGUCAAGAAUGUUUCAUGUUUCAGUUGAUUCUAGUUACAAGUUUCUAAAAAGACAUCCAAUAUUUUCAUGUCUUUUAUUGUUAUUUUCCAUCUUAUAUAUUUUCCUUUCAUACAUAUACACAUUCUUAGGUUACAUGUCACCUUUUCUUAUAUGUGGUGCAAUAUUUUUGAGAAUCUUUUGGAGUUCUGAGAAAACACAACUAAGAUAUGUGAAACUCGAAGAGAAAAAAGAAGAGCAAGAAGUAAAAGUUGAACCAAAGAUUCUACCACCAAAGAUACCGAUACCGAAUAUUGUUGGUAGACAAGAACAAAUUCUUUUCAGGUAUCCGUCGCAGAAUGCAACGAGUAGAAGGAGAAAUUUUAGGGAGAGGAAAUGGGACGUGUAUGGCGGAUUAGAAGAAAAAGCGAAAGAUUUAUCUGAAGUUUUUCAAAAUGAGUACACUAAUAAAAGAAACACUGGACCUUUUAAGAGAGCAGAGAGUUCUUUGUAUUAUGGUUUAUCGUCCGGUAGAAGGACUCAUCAAGCGGUUAAGAGAUCAUUAAGAUCUGAGCCUUCGAUGGUUGAUCUUAUCGAAGUUGGUGAUACGGAAAUGGAGAUAGAAAAGAUGGAGGACGAGGAGGACGGCGAAGAGGAUGUGAAGAAUACUAUUGAAUGGACGGAAAAUGAUCAGAAGAAUCUCAUGGAUGUUGGAGAUUCUGAGAUGGAGCGAAAUAGAAGGCUUGAGAGUCUUAUAGCAAGAAGAAGAGCAAGGAAAUUGUUGAAGUUGCAAGUUGAGAAUGGUUUGGUGGAUAAGAAAGCAAUGGCACCGAGUUCGAUGAAACCGUUGGUUGUUAACAGAGAGAGCUGUGAUAUGGAUGACUUAGAAAUGCCUGGUUCUGCUCCUUCUGUUAUGCCAAGGAGUCCUUAUGAUAUUCCUUAUGAGCCUUUCGAGGAGAAACCGAAUCUUACAAGUGGUGGUUUUCUUAAUGAUUUUCAGAAGGAUGUGCUUUUUAGUAGGCAUGAGAGUUUUAGUUUAGGUUCAAGUUAUUCAUCAGAAAUGAAACAUGAAUAUGGAACUAGAGAGAGUCAUUCUUUUCAUGGGAGGAAGUCUUCAGAUAAACAUGGUUUCUCAAGAUUUAGACGGCUUCCAGAUAAAGGAAAUCAUGAUUGGCUAAUUGAGCAAUUGAUCUACAAUGAUGGAGCUGAAAAUGGAGUUCAAGCACCGAAACCACUGAUCAAAGGCGAGGAAACAAAACUCGAAAAUGAUGAAAAAAGUAAAACUGAUAUAGAUGACACAAAAACCAUAUCAGUUCAAACAAGUGAAUCAGCCUCAACAGUUCCAAACAUCUCAAAGAUGGAAACUAACAGUGUUUCACAAAAACCAGGGUCAGGGAUGGCGUCAAGAUUUUCGAAGUCUCACGAGAGGCUCCUUAAUAUACCGGUUACUUUUAACGAUACAAAGACUAUACACGAAUCUAUGUGCGACAGUGUUCCAUCGCCCAUUGACAAGAGACAAGAAACUAUGUUCUCAGGCGAUCGGCGACUAUGUCAUACACCAACAUUCUCCAUUGCUUCUGAUAUGCAAGUGGAAGUUUCCGAAGUUGGUUCGCCUACAUCAACAGUUGAUGAUAACGGCGAUUCCAAUUCAUCAAGCGAUAGAGAUAGAGAUUCUAUGUUAUAUGAUGGAGACAUUGAUAGAGAUGUUAGUUCUGGCAGUGAAGAUUUGUGGGGAGCUUCUUUCCAUGGAAAAGGCGGAGUUAAAACCGAAGAGAAUAACAACAGCGAAGAUGUAAAUAACGGCUUAAAGGACAUUGCUUCGCCGAAUUCUUUACGACAAAUAGAUGAAGAAGAUGUAGCUGAUGUUAGUUCAUAUUCAUCAAGAGAUGAAGGGCCUGAAGAUACUCCAACUUGCUGUGUAGUAAAUUCUGAUCAUAACGUUUUCGGUAAUUACACGAAAUUUUCUAGGGGGAAACACGAAGUUCCUCAAUCUUCUCGUUCGUCUUAUGAUACAUUAUCUCAGAAUCAGUUGAUAGGUAGUCCAAUGGAUCAAAUAUCGGAAGAGAUUUCGAUUAACCAGUCACAUGUUAUCGAUGAUGUGAAUAACUUGGCAACCACGGAACAAGGUAAUAGAGAGAACUCAACGAGUAGCGAAGAUCCUGGUAAUAGUCCUCCAGUUGUAAGGCAAGAAUCACUCGAUGAAGGCUCUAAUGAAUCGAUUUCGUCCUCACCAAGGUCUGUAUUGCCAGACAAGACUGUAUCAGAUGAAAUUUCGUCCCCGUCUUUUAAUCAACAGAUGGAUAUAGGUUCUCCGCGAUCAAUCAUCGAUGAUAUGACUCAAGAAGCUUUGAAUGAAGAUGAACAUUUACAUGACAGCAUGACUCAAAAUGUUCAAAAUUUGGUGGAUGAGAUAACUGAUGAUUCACAUAAUGCUGAUUUCAAUCAUUUCCAGGAGCAAACAAACAACAUGGAGAGUUCAAAUGAAGAAUCAAAUAUUCAUAGCAACCUGAAUGGCGAAGAAAUUAACAUGGAGAGUUCAAUGGAAGAAUCAAAUAUUCAUAGAAACAUGAAUGGCGACGAAAUCAACAUGGAGAGUUCAAUGGAAGAAUCAAAUAUUCAGAGAAACAUGAAUGAUGAAGAAAUCAACAGAAAGGAACAACGAGACGAGAUAAACAAUGGCGAAAGUAGUGAAGAAAAUUCUUCACACCAAAUUAGCCAUGAGGCUACUUCAGAAUCCACCAAAGAAAUUAAUAUGAUGGAAACUAUGGAUGAAGAAGAAUCAAGAGAUUUAGCUGAUGACAAACAGGUUCCAUCAACAGAGGUGGUAGAAGAAGAUAAAAAUGAACCAUUAGCAUUGGCAAAUGAUAACAUCAAUGAUGAAUUUCCGCAACCACAGGUCAUUGAUCCAAUGGUUCGCGAUAAAGAAACAAUCGAGGGCCAUAUGGAGGAUUCAUGAAAGACUUAAUGGCAAAAGAAAGUGAAGUUAACAUUAUUAAGUUCUUGUCUAUAUUGAAAUAUGACUUAUAAGUUGAUCAAAGAGGUUGAACUUGCCAAAGAGAAUUGAAAGACUAAAGUAAAGUUGCACAUAUACUCAUCUCAUGUGUUUGUUGGGCAUGGAUGUUGCACAUACUUUUUCUCCUUAUAGAAACUCACAACUAUUUUGUUAGUCUCACUGCACAUACAGUAUUUAUUUAUAAUGUAGAAAGCUAGCUAUAGUAAGAGAACAUGAAAUGUAGAAUAUCAAAGAAUUUUAAUUAU